AUGGAAGUUUUACAGAAAGAAGACAAUCAAUUCAGAUAUAAACUUAUGAAUGUAUUCUUUCAAUAUAUAAAAAAUGCCUUAUUCCUUCUCCUUAUUGGUUAUGAAGGAAUAAAACUGUUAAACAUAGAUCAUGAUUGUUAAUUAUCAGAAAUAACCUACAUAAGUACUUUGUAUCAUGGAGGAAUAAUUUUAUUACUAUUUAAUGUUGUUUCAGCAUGUUAUAUACUUUACUAGAAACAUUUUGUAAGAAUUGAAUAUUUCAUUACUUAUGGAUUGAAUGUAUUAGUUUUUAUGUGUAUGUUAUUAUUUUCCUUACAAUAAUUGAUUUAAGGGAAAUGUAGUAUAGGGUAAUUAUCAGUCAAGUAUUACAUAAUACUCUCAAUAAUUACACAAUUUGAUGUAUUACUAAUAAUGAUGUUCAAGCAUGAAUUUUCAAAUAGGUAAACAAAUAUUUGUUCAAAUACAGCUGUUGUUAUAUUAUUACUAAUAACUAAGAUUGAUAAUGAUUGUGCAAUCAAUGCCAUUUCUUUAGAAAUUCAACUUAUAUCUGCCAAUAUUUUAACAUUACUCUUUUUCACUGUUCUAAAUAUAGCAAUAAAUCUAUUUCCAAAAUUAAGAGAAUAACUUACAAAUGCAUUUAAAUUUGUUUGUGUUUUAGUUUUAUGUUUCCUUAUUCUGAAUUAUUUAUUAAUAGUUUAUUUUGUUCAAUCAGUAAAUCAUAUAAUUCAAUAAUUUAGGGAGAUAUCAAAGAAAACUAACAAUGUAUGCCUCUUGAUUUUAUUACUAGAACCUAUUGUUUUCUUGCUCCUGUGAAUUUAAUGGGAAUGAUACCAAUUUUAGCAUCUUUUAAAUAUGAAACAAUUGAUGAUCAAUAAGAUGAUAUUUCUCAAUUAUAAUAAGCAGAGAUAAUAUCUCCAUCUAGAGGGUUACCAAUACAAAAUUCACCUUCUCCUUUUUAAUAGUCAAAAUUAUCUUUGAAUAACAAUACAACUCCUUAUAAAAUCCUUGUGAAUAAUAAUCUACUAUCUGCUGAUGAAUAAUUUUUAAUUGGGAAACAUCAGCAGCAAUAAUAAUGA